AUGCAUCAUUCCGAUGUGACAACUCGCUCUGCCUGUCUGUCCCUAAAGGGAUCUAAUAUGCCCCCUCUCUAUCAUGAUGCCCCGGCUGCCGAAUACCGACGAUUAGACGCCGUGCUAUCAUUAUUGUUCCCUUCUACCGUUUGGGUGCAACGAUCGCAGAAUAUCACCGGUCAUGUCCAUUCUUUACGCCGUCUCACACUCUCCAAUGGACUCUGUCUAUUAUUGAAAAGCUCCCCUUAUCCCGGUACCCCACUGCUACGGCAAGAGCGCUUCUAUCUUGAAACGGAAGCCCGAGUUCUAGCUCUUCUGGGCCAAAGUGCAAACCCUUGCAUUCCUCAACUCUAUCACUAUGAUCCACGCGGGAGCUUCUUCGGAUCGGCCUUUCUACUACGGCAGUAUGUGAAGGGGUCCAGCCUCGCCGAUAUGGAAAACCGACUGACCGUUCGAGAACGCAACGAUAUUGACCGUCAUCUCGGAUUUCUGGCUACCACUAUUGGCCAAAAUGUGGCUCCCGGGUUUGGCUCGUUGCAACAAGUAGCCAUCGGAGCUGGCAAACGAUCUUGGCGAGAGGCCUUUUGUGCGUUAUUUGAAAGCGUGCUCCGGGAUGCUGAAGAUAUGUUUAUUCAUCUACCCUACGCAGAGCUUCGCCAUGAGCUAGUCCGCUUAGCUGCCGCACUCGACGAGGUUACUUUGCCCCGUCUAACCGUCGUUGGAUUCGGUCGGUCGACACAUGUCCUACUGGAUGAGGAAUCGAAACAACUAUCCGGCGUGGUGGACUUUAGCAGCGCCUUUUGGGGUGACAUGCUGAUGGCAGAGAUAUUUGAGAGUCCAUCGCUUGCCGUGGUAGAAGGUGCAGGAUUGCCCUUGAUCAGAACGAAGAGAGAGAAUAUUCGAGUCUUGAUGUAG